ACAUCCGUGGGUAAGAUGGUGGCCACCAGGCGAGCAGCGCGGCGGAGUGAGCCGGCACCGUCCACGGCAGGAAGCAACGGUUCUCCGAUGUGUCCCUCAAUGGAAGGCACCGCAUCUGUGAGGGCAACUAGGAGCAGAAGGAAAGUGAAUUCCCAACCAGAUGUAAUUUCUGAGUCUCAUUUUGAGAAAAUGAAGGAUCCCAAAGCAAAACUAGAUGUUGAAGAGCAAUUGGAGGUAGCAGACUCAGUUGCUGAACUGCAGGCUGAUGGAUAUAUUUCAGAAGCAGAAUCAAACUGUUCCUCUGUCACUGGUCUUCAGACACCCUCAUUCAUAAGGGUAACAAGAAGGCGGCAAAUUGUAGUUCCUUGUCAGUUAGAAUCUCCAGCUAAGAAUAGACCAAACAGGAGAACACUUCCCAAUGAAGACAGCAAAUUCCAAGAUGAUGAUAUCUCUGAAUCGGAAUCAUGCUGUUCCACUGUUUCAGGAAUGCAAACCUCUAGUGCCCCAAGAAUGACUAGAAGCAGACAAGCCAAGGCCAAUAUUGCCCCUGUGUAUGAAUCACAAGCUGAAGUGGUUUCUGAUGCAGAAUCAUGGUGCUCAGGUGUAUCCGUAGAACCUUCUGCUCAAUUUAAAAGAAUGACAAGGAGCAUGCGACUGAGACUGCAAGCAGAAACAAUAUCACAGGGUGAAAGGAAAAGUGAAAUUGUGGUAGGGGAUGAAAAAUCCCAGACAAUAAUAAUUUCUGAUACAGAACCCACAAGAUCUGAUUUUGAUAAACAAUUAUCAUCCUGUGUAUCGACUACUCAGAGUAAUGAGCAGCCUGGCCCCCACUCUGAAUCUAUCAUUGGUGGUGAUCUAAAGCAGAGAUUUUCAAGCAACUCUAAGACAACUACAACAAAAUCUACAAAAACAACACCUAAAAAAGAGAUGCGAAAGGAUAGGGACUGUGAAAUUGUGGAUUGUCCAGAGGAAGAGGUAGAAAAGGGCAAAAAUAUAAGGGAAUCUUCUAGAAAAGAAAUGCCAAAUGAUGUUUAUGAAAUUCUGGAGAGUUCAGAAGAAAUGUGUGAGCAAGCAUCAGAAAAACCUAGCAAAGGAACUGAAAAAUCAUCUCCAGUGAAGUAUACACCCACAGUCUCAAGGCAGACUGCCCCUAAUAAAGACAAACACAGCAUGGAGACCAGAAAGCUUUCACAGAAUUGUUUCCAUCAGCCAGAAGAGACAAUCGAUGUGGACAAGCUACAUGAAACAGGUAAUCUACAAAAUGAUAUAAUCGCAUCACAAAUUAUUGAAAGCAGUGAUGAAGACUGCAGGAUGUCUGUUGUUAGUAUAGGCAGCGAUGAAAGCCAGGAGGAUCCAGUUGCUGAAUCCUCUUUAUGCACAGCCAAACAAAUAGGGGAUGAGGGGUGUUCUACUAUGUCACUUCUUAUCAGUGAUGAGAGUGGUGAAUCUGACAGCAGUGAUUUGGAAGAAACCAGUGAAAUGAACAUGACUGCUAAUUGUACAAAUCGCUGUGAACAAACAGCUUUGGACACCUCCCACAGUGAAGUGCUCUUUGCAAUUGAUAAAACUCCUGGUUUACACACUAGCAAAACAUACUAUUUAGAAGAUAAGGACCCGGAGAUUGAUGGGGAAUGUAGAAAAAGCAACAAGUCCUCAGAACUGGAAGAAGAUGAGGAGGAAUUUAUCGACGAUGAUGAAGAUUCACUGAAUGUGACUAAUAAAGUUUUGUCAUUAUCAAGCAGCAUUGAUCCUGGCCUAGAUAUUAAAGACCUGGGAGGGUUGUAUAUUAAUUUUGAUGCAGGAAAACAGAAGCCUGGCUCACAUGGAAUUCGUGCCCUGAAGGAGAAAAAAAAAAAGAUGAGACUCUUGCAGAGGAGUACUGUAACUCCAGACUUUGAAAAAAGGGAAUGUGUUCCACCCUUAAGAGAAUCAGUCCACCAACCAAAGAAACAACGUAGGAGCGGGAAAAAAACAACAGGUGAUGGUUGGUUUGGUAUGAAAGCCCCAGAAAUGACCGGACAAAUUGAAAAAAUCCAUCUUCUUGUUCUGAAGAUGAGAGCAGCCAUUGAUCCUAAACGCUUUUAUAAAAAGAAUGAUAGAGAAGGUCUCCCCAAAUACUUCCAGGUUGGAACUAUUGUGGAUUCUCCAGUAGACUUUUAUCAUGCUCGAAUUCCCAAGAAAGAAAGGAAGAAAACUAUUGUGGAAGAACUUCUGGCAGAUGCUGAAUUUAGAAGAUACAACAAAAGAAAGUAUAAAGACAUCAUAGCUGAAAAAGCAGCCCUUGCAGCAGGCAAGAAAAACAAGAUAAAGAAGAAAUAUCAUAAAUAAGAUGGAACACUGCUUUGUGUAAAUUUGCAAAUUAUGGAUUAAUAUUUAUCAUAUAAGAACCAAGACAUAGCAGUCCUAUUUUGUCAACAAUGUUUGUUGCUAUCUUUUUGUUCAGUUUGAAAAUGAAAGGAAGAGCUUUCAUUGUCAGUAAACACCACUGUGUUUCAAAUUUUAGGAGAAAGAAAUACUAUUGCAUAAAAUCAAGAAUUCUGGAAACCUGUUGUUCAACUGUGCAAAGUAUCCCUUUUUAUUUAAAUCUGUCAAUCUUUGGGUUCAUAGAAAUAUAUAAACUUGAAAUCAGGUGAAUUUAAUUUACUAUUAAUUUUGGCACCUUAAUUUUGUUAAGGAAAUAUUGUAAAGCCACACUCUGGGAAAAAUGCUUUAUUCGUAAAAAAAAUAUGCACAUGCGAAUAGCAGUUCUAAGGGAUCUCUGGAGGUUUUACAUAAUGUCUUUUUGCAACAAAACUAUAUUUUAAAAUAUAUUCAGUGUCAAUUUUUGAAACAUUUGUAAAGUCUUAAAUGUACAUGGUACAAUUCCUAUUUGAGAAUAUUGCAGCUCAUCUUUUUUGUAAGUUGCAUCUUUUUAAUGCAUUGGGUUGUACCCAAAGUUCUGUUCUACUAAUGAUGAGACCUUCUUUGAGUGUGUUAAUUUUGCUGAUGUUUUAUUAUACUCUGCAAUAAAAGCUAACAGUGAUAGCUUAAA